UGUAGGUAGCCGGUGUUCUGUGUUGUGAUUCGUAUCAGUUUUACACGAACCUCCAUUUUGUGUUUGUGAGAUAACACAGAAAAAUAUAUUUUUUUCGUCGAAAAUAUUGUGCGUGAACUUUUAAUUGUGUUUGUGUAAACUUUUUUGACGGCUUGGUUGAAUCACAAGCGUCAACAUGGACCAGAUCCCACCCCCUAAGGAGGUGAAGAUCCUCGAAACCGCGGAGGACAUUCAAGAACGUCGUCAGCAGGUGCUGACCCGAUAUGACAACUUUAAGGCAGACGCACGCGCCAAACGAGAGAAGCUCGAGGACUCGCGUCGUUUCCAGUAUUUUAAACGGGAUGCCGAUGAGCUCGAGAGCUGGAUCCAGGAAAAACUCCAAGCCGCUUCCGACGAGAGUUACAAGGAUCCCACCAACUUGCAAGCUAAGAUCCAAAAACACCAGGCAUUUGAGGCUGAGGUGGCCGCACACAGCAAUGCGAUCGUUGUCCUAGACAAUCAGGGCAAGGAGAUGAUCAAUCAAAACCACUACGAGUCGGAAACCAUUCGCAGGCGACUUGAGGAGUUGCACCGCUUGUGGGAGUUGCUGUUGUCGAAGCUGGCCGAGAAGGGACAGAAGUUACAACAGGCAUUGGUGCUCGUGCAGUUCAUCCGCCACUGCGACGAGGUCAUGUUCUGGAUUAACGAGAAAAGCGCUUUCUUGUCGACCGAAGAGUUCGGUCACGAUUUGGAACAUGUCGAGGUGUUGCAACGCAAAUUUGACGAGUUCCAAAAGGAUAUGGCGUCCCAGGAGUACAGGGUGACGGAGGUCAACGAUUUGGCUGACAGAUUGUUACAGGACGGCCAUCCGGAACGAGACACGAUCAUCAACAGGAAAGAAGAGUUGAACAACGCCUGGUCCAGAUUGAAACAAAUGACAUUAUUGAGACAAGAUAAAUUGUAUGGAGCGCACGAGAUCCAGAGAUUCAAUCGCGACGCAGACGAAACAGUUACGUGGAUAUCGGAGAAGGACGUGGUUCUUUCUUCCGACGAUUACGGAAGAGAUUUGGCAAGCGUCCAGGCAUUGCAAAGAAAACAUGAAGGAGUCGAACGCGACCUUGCCGCCCUCGAAGACAAAGUCCUCAAUUUGGGCAAAGAGGCCGACCGUUUGAGUGGCGUGCAUGCCGACCAUCAAGAUCAAAUCCAAGCGAAAAGGGAAGAAAUUGAAGGAUAUUGGAGAAGUCUGACCGGCAAGGCCAAGGAGAGGAAGGACAAAUUGGAGGAGAGUUAUGCUUUGCAUCGGUUUUUGGCCGAUUUCAGGGACUUGGUCUCUUGGAUUAACGACAUGAAAGCCAUCAUUUCAGCCGAUGAACUGGCAAAAGACGUGGCUGGAGCUGAAUCUUUGCUAGAGAGACACCAGGAGCACAGAGGUGAGAUUGACGCUAGGGAGGACAGCUUCAACAGCACCAUCGAAGCCGGCAAACAAUUACUGGAGAAGGGACACUAUGCGAGCGACGAAAUCAAAGAAAAACUAUCUACUUUGGCAUCCGACAAGAGUUCCUUGUCCGCAUUGUGGGAAGAACGACGCGUGUUGUACGAACAAUGCAUGGACUUGCAACUUUUCUACAGAGAUACGGAGCAAGCUGACACUUGGAUGACUAAACAGGAGGCAUUUUUGGCCAACGAAGAUCUUGGCGACUCGCUCGAUUCAGUCGAAGCUCUGAUCAAGAAGCACGAAGAUUUCGAAAAGUCUUUAGUUGCACAAGAAGAGAAGGUGAAACUUCUGGACGAAUUCGCAACCAAAUUGAUCGAUGGCGAACAUUACGCCGCCGACGAUGUGGCUCAACGUAGAGCUAUGCUGUUGGAACGUCGCAAAGCAUUAAAAGAGAGGAGCACCCAACGCCGCAUUCUCCUCGAAGAUGCAUACAAACUGCAGCAAUUUGAAAGAGAUUGCGAUGAAACCAAAGGAUGGAUCAACGAAAAAUUGAAAUUCGCCACUGACGAAAGCUAUUUGGACCCAACCAAUCUCGGAGGAAAGGUGCAAAAACACCAAAACUUCGAACAAGAACUGCAAGCAAACAAGAGCCGUGUCGAAGACAUCUCGACAACCGGCCAGGAGUUGAUCGAAGCCAAACAUUACGCCGCGCCCCGCAUCCAAUCCAGACUGGAGGAGAUCGUUGGAUUGUGGGAGACCUUGGAACAAGCCACCAGCAAAAAGAACUCGAAACUGCAGGACGCCAGCCAACAGCAACAGUUUAACCGAACCAUCGAAGACGUCGAGCUGUGGCUCAGCGAAAUCGAAGGACAGCUCAUGUCCGAAGAUUACGGCAAGGACUUGACUUCCGUUCAAAACUUGCAGAAGAAACACGCCUUGUUGGGAGCCGACGUUGCCUCGCACAAAGACAGAAUCGAGGGCAUCACACAGGCGGCCAACCAAUUCGUCGAAAGGGGCCAUUUCGAUGCCGACAACAUCGCCCAGAAACAGAAGGUGUUGUGUGAAAGGUACGCCGCUCUUAAGACCCCAUUGGCGGUUAGGAAGCAAAGACUCCUCGACUCUCUGCAGGUGCAACAACUCUUCCGCGAUAUCGAAGAUGAGGAAGCGUGGAUCCGCGAGAAGGAACCCAUUGCAGCGUCCACCAACCGUGGUCGCGACUUAAUUGGCGUUCAGAACCUCAUUAAGAAACACCAAGCUGUCCUGGCUGAAAUUAACAACCACGAUGGACGUAUCGCCAACGUCUUGGAUACCGGCAAACAGAUGAUGGAGGAUGAACACUUCGCCACCGAUGAGAUCAGAAAUAGGGUCACACUGUUGUCCAACCACUGGGACUCGUUGAAAGAAAAGGCCGGUCAGAGAAAACAAGAUUUGGAGGACUCGUUGCAGGCGCAUCAGUACUACGCCGACGCCAACGAAGCUGAAAGCUGGAUGAGGGAGAAGGAGCCGAUUGUCGGGAAUCAAGACUACGGAAAGGACGAGGAUUCGUCGGAAGCUUUGCUUAAGAAGCACGAAGCUCUGAUGAGCGACUUGAUCGCCUUCGGCCAGACCAUUGAGGGACUGAACGAACAAGCCAGAAACUGCAGGCAACAAGAACCACCAGUUGUAGAUGUAACUGGUCGUGAAACUGUUCAAGCUUUGUACGACUACACCGAAAAGUCUGCCCGUGAAGUUUCAAUGAAAAAGGGAGAUUUGUUGCACCUGUUGAACUCCAACAACAAGGACUGGUGGAAGGUAGAGAUUCACGAUCGCCAAGGUUUCGUUCCGGCGGCAUACGUCAAGAAGGUGGACGCAGGACUAACAGCCUCCCAACAAAACCUAUUGGACAACAACUCCAUUUCAGCCAGGCAGGCUCAAAUCAACGCCCAGUACGAGAGACUGUUGCAAACGGCCAGAGAACGUCAGAACAAGUUGAACGAAACCGUUAAAGCCUACGUUUUGGUACGUGAAGCUGCGGAACUCGCCAACUGGAUCAAGGACAAAGAGAUGCACGCCCAAGUGCAAGAUGUCGGAGAGGAUUUGGAACAAGUGGAAGUUUUGCAAAAGAAAUUCGACGACUUCCAAACCGACCUCAAGGCGAACGAAGUCCGCUUAGCUGAGAUGAACCAGAUCGCCCUCCAAUUAGUUUCUCUCGGUCAAACCGAAGCCGCCGUCAAAAUCCAAACCCAGAUGGAGGAGCUGAACAAGAAGUGGGACUCCUUGCAGCAAUUGAGCACCGAACGUGCAAAUCAAUUGGGAUCCGCUCACGAGGUGCAACGUUUCCAUCGUGACGUCGACGAAACCAAGGACUGGAUCCAAGAGAAAGACGAUGCAUUGAACAACGACGAUUUAGGCAAGGACUUGCGCAGCGUCCAGGCAUUGCAAAGGAAACACGAGGGACUCGAACGCGAUCUGGCUGCUUUGGGCGACAAGAUCAAGCAGUUAGACGAAAUCGCCAACCGACUUGUGCAAACCCAUCCAGAAAGCGCCGAACAAACCUUGAUCAAACAGGAGGAGAUCAACAAACUUUGGACGCAGCUCACCGCCAAGGCCAACAGCAGGAAGGAGAAGCUUCUCGACUCGUACGACUUGCAGCGAUUCCUCAAUGAUCAUCGCGACCUUUUGGCUUGGAUCAACCAGAUGUUGGGACUCGUCAGGACCGAUGAACUGGCCACCGAUGUCACCGGCGCCGAAGCCUUGAUUGAGAGACACCAGAACUACAGGGCUGAAAUUGACGCGCGCUAUGGAAUUCCUCAGGAACACCGCACGGAAAUCGACGCCCGCACCGGAACAUUCCACGCGUUGGAGCUGUUCGGCCAGCAACUGCUCAACUCCAACCAUUACGCCAGUCCCGAGAUUCAGGAAAAGCUCGAACAACUGAACAAGGCGAGAGAAGAACUGGAGGCUGCAUGGAUCGAACGUCGCGUCCAACUCGACCAGAAUCUGGACCUGAACCUGUUCAACAGGGACUGCGAACAAGCUGAGAACUGGAUGUCGGACCGAGAAGCCUUCCUGGCAUCCGACGAAGUCGAUUCGAAUGGCGAUAACGUCGAAGCUCUCAUCAAGAAGCACGAGGACUUCGACAAGGCCAUCAACGCUCACGAGGAGAAAAUCGCCGCCCUGCAGAGGCUUGCUGAUCAACUGAUCGGAAACGAACACUACGCCUCACCCACCAUCGACGACAAACGCAAACAAGUGCUGGAUCGUUGGGGCCAUCUCAAAGACGCCCUCAUUGAAAAACGUUCCAAAUUGGGCGAAAGCCAGACGUUGCAACAAUUCUCUCGUGACGCCGACGAAAUAGAGAACUGGAUCGCCGAAAAGCUCCAACUGGCGACCGAAGAAAGCUACAAGGACCCUGCUAACAUUCAGUCCAAGCACCAGAAACAUCAGGCCUUCGAAGCCGAAUUGGCAGCCAACGCCGAUCGUAUCCAAUCUGUAAUCGGAAAUGGUGAAAACCUCAUUGAUAAACGUCAAUGUGCCGGCUCCGAGGAGGCUGUGAAGAGGCGUUUAGAGUCGAUUGCGGAACAAUGGGAGUUCCUCACCCAGAAAACUACCGAGAAAUCACUCAAGCUCAAGGAGGCUAACAAGCAAAGAACUUACAUUGCGGCCGUCAAAGAUCUGGACUUCUGGCUGGGCGAAGUUGAGAGUCUGUUGACCAGUGAGGAUGCCGGAAAGGAUCUUGCGUCCGUUCAGAACUUAAUGAAGAAGCACCAGUUGGUCGAGGCGGACAUUCAAGCCCACGAGGAUAGAAUCAAAGAUAUGAACAACCAAGCUGACUCUUUGAUCGAGAGCGGACAAUUCGAUACCGCUUCUAUUCAAGAGAAACGUCAAUCGAUCAACGAACGAUACGAAAGGAUCAAGAACUUGGCCGCUCAUCGCCAAGCUCGCCUCAAUGAGGCCAACACUCUUCACCAAUUCUUCAGGGACAUCGCUGAUGAAGAAUCAUGGAUCAAGGAAAAGAAGUUGUUGGUUGGCUCGGACGACUACGGUCGCGACUUAACUGGCGUCCAGAAUCUGAAAAAGAAACACAAACGUCUAGAGGCCGAGCUCGGCUCCCACGAGCCAGCAAUCCAAGCGGUACAAGAAGCUGGUGAAAAACUGAUGGACGUUUCCAAUCUCGGCGUACCAGAAAUCGAGCACCGUCUCAAGGCAUUGAACCAAGCGUGGGCCGAAUUGAAACAACUCGCCGCCACCAGAGGCCAAAAAUUAGACGAAUCGUUGACCUUCCAACAGUUCUUGGCCAAAGUCGAAGAAGAGGAGGCCUGGAUCAGCGAGAAACAACAACUGUUAGGUGUUGAGGACUAUGGAGACACCAUGGCUGCAGUUCAAGGGUUAUUGAAGAAACACGACGCCUUUGAGACCGAUUUCCAAGCGCAUCGCGAUCGUUGUGCUGGCAUCGCCGACGAUGGUCAACGUCUUGUCGCUGCAGCAAAUCAUCACUCUGACAGCAUCUCACAACGUUGUCAGCAACUGCAAACCAAACUUGAUCAUCUGGCCGCUUUGGCUGGUCGUCGCAAGGCCAGGUUGGUCGACAACUCCGCCUAUCUGCAAUUCAUGUGGAAGGCCGACGUUGUUGAAAGUUGGAUCGCCGACAAGGAGACUUAUGUCAAGAGCGACGAGCUAGGCCGAGACUUGUCCAGUGUCCAGACUCUGUUGACCAAGCAGGAAACUUUCGAUGCUGGUCUGAGCGCUUUCGAACACGAAGGCAUCCAGAACAUCACCUCGCUAAAAGACCAACUGGUGGCCGCUAACCACGACCAAAGUCCGGCCAUUCAGCAGCGACACAAGGACGUAAUCGCACGCUGGCAAAAACUGCUCUCCGACUCCAGCGAUCGCAAACGUCGCCUUUUGGCCGCCCAGGAGCAGUUCAGGAACAUCGAAGAGCUCUUCCUUCAGUUCGCCAAGAAGGCGUCCGCGUUCAACUCCUGGUUUGAAAACGCCGAAGAAGAUCUGACCGACCCGGUCAGGUGCAACUCCAUCGAGGAAAUCAGAGCGUUGAAAGAAGCGCACGCACAAUUUAGAGCGUCGCUUCAAAGUGCCCAGGACGAUUUUAACGCCCUCGCCGAUUUGGACAAGAAGAUCAAGAGUUUCAACGUCGGCCCGAAUCCGUACACCUGGUUUAACAUGGAAGCGUUGGAGGAAACUUGGCGUAACCUGCAAAAGAUCAUCCACGAGCGCGACCAGGAAUUGAACAAAGAGGCCCAGAGGCAAGAGGAGAACGACAAGCUCCGCAAGGAGUUUGCUAAGCACGCCAAUUCCUUCCAUCAUUGGCUUACUGAGACACGUUACCGGAUUUUAGGAUGGGACGGCACAUCAAUGAUGGAGGGAUCCGGUUCUCUGGAAGACCAACUGGACGCAACAAAGAAGAAGACGUUAGAGGUUCGCGCGCAUCGCUCCGACUUGAAGAAGAUCGAGGAUUUGGGAGCGAUCCUCGAGGAACACUUGAUCCUCGACAACCGUUACACUGAACAUUCUACAGUCGGCCUGGCCCAACAAUGGGAUCAACUCGAUCAGUUGGGAAUGCGCAUGCAGCACAACUUGGAGCAACAGAUCCAAGCCAGGAAUCAAUCGGGUGUCAGCGAGGACGCUCUGAAGGAGUUCUCGAUGAUGUUCAAGCAUUUCGACAAGGAGAAGGCGGGCAAGUUGAACCAUCACGAAUUCAAGAGCUGUUUGAGGGCCCUCGGCUACGAUUUGCCGAUGGUGGAGGAGGGACAACCCGAUCCGGAAUUCGAUGCUAUCUUAGAUUUGGUGGACCCCAAUCGCGAUGGAUACGUUUCCCUGCAAGAGUACAUGGCGUUCAUGAUCAGCAAGGAAACCGAAAAUGUUCAAAGUUCCGAGGAAAUCGAAAAGGCCUUCCGUGCUAUCACUGCUGGAGACCGUCCUUACGUAACCAAGGAAGAGCUCUACCAGAAUUUGACGAAGGAUAUGGCGGAUUACUGCAUAAGCAGGAUGAAACCGUACGUGGAACCUAAAUCGGAACGUUCGAUACCUGGAGCGCUGGAUUAUAUAGAAUUUACCCGUACACUUUUCCAGAAUUAGCAUUUAGAGGUUUAAUAAUGUUGCACACAAUAUAUUAAAGCAUAUUUAACGGCUAUCGUAUUAUUUAUUAACUAAUUAAAAUAUUUAAUGGAAUUAUAUUUAUUACCCUAAGAUGUUUAUUGCACUGUUUCUGCAAAGUUUUAUGGCUGCUUUUGGGCAGGUUUCACUUUUUAUAUUUAUUUUAAGGCUGAAAAAGUUAAAAAAUAUUUUAUAAUCCUCUAAAUAAAUGCUGGUUGCUUGCUA